AUGACUCCUGGAGAAUCCGCUCAAGGCUCUGCAGGGACGCCGCCAGCGACCAUAGGCGGGCCAGGGAAGCCGUGGGAACUUCCUUCAUCGGCGGAAGCAACGCAUACGCGCGGGCAUGGUGAGACGACACGGCGAGAUCACGCGGAGCAGGAAGAGGACGCGGCGGAGCAAACUGAGCCCACGGCGGCCCGCCACCAGCACCUACGAAGCCCAUCCCCGCAGGCAGCGGCCGCUCUGAACGCGCCGGGGAUCCAAAGGGAUUGUGGGGCAGGAGCGCGGAGAGAGGGACGACGGGAGCAGUGCGAGGAGCUAAUGGUGACGCCGACCCAGCACGCGAACGACGAAGCUCCUUCUCCACGUCAUCAAGCCUAUCCAGAAGACGGCGCUCCAUUGCGGACGGCGCUGGACCCGCUUUUCUGCCGCGACUGUCACCUCCCCGUCGCCCACGACGCGCACGCCUACUUGCGCUCGAGCGCACAGGCGACUGCGGGCGAGAUGGGCCCUGCUGACGCUGGCGGCCAGGAAAACGGUCCCCGCGACGAGGGGAGUAGAGCCGUUGACGCUUUGCAGGAGGGGGCGAACGCGGAGCUGGGGGCCGACGCCCAGACGUCUGGCGGGCAGGCGACCGCUGGCGAGAUGAACGAGGAGGGGGCGAACGAUGACGAUGCGAACGGCGGUCACGGGAUCGGCUUCGCGACGCCACGCGACGAGGCGAAUGAGGAGACAGCGGCGAACGGGCCGCACCGUGACGAUCAUCGCGGCGGCUCUCCCGCUUAUCGUCGCGAGCUGCCGAUGAGCGACGGCGAGGCGAACGCUCCUGGUGCGCCACAGCCUCUGCGCCGGAGCGCAAGACGACCCCCGAGCGCAGGGGCUCCGGCGGUGACAAGGACCUGCCCGCGCGCCGAGCCAGCUCGCGCUGCUGGUCCUCGAAGCGGCGGCGGAUCUGAUCAGCGGACGCCGGUGGAGCAACAGGUACGCUCGCGGCAGGGCGUGCAGGAGGAAGCGGACGAGGAGCGGGAUCGCUCUCCGCGGUGCAGUCGCGGCCCAGAGCGCCGAGGAAAUCCAUCAGCGAGCGCUCAGGGCGCUCCACUGCCACAAGAGGAGCCGACGACGCCGAUCUCCCAGGCGCAACAGGCGGCACCUGUGGCAGCCACUCCGAGGAGCGGACGGGGAAGCAUGCGGGGGAGAGGCGGGGGUCGAGGAGCGCGCGGAGGACAGCGGAGUGCAGGCCAAGCGCUGGGACUCUUCAACCCUAACAUCAACCACCCACCUGCCUAUCGUCCGCCGCCUGCCGCCGCAGAUACUAAGCGACUACUCCACCUGUAUGCUGGCCGCCCUCUUACGGAUCUCCAAACUGCCCAACUGCGCGGGAGCGUGGCGGGUCCUCAUGUUCCUGCCACGUCUCACCUUACGACUUAG